AUGGUGUCGCCGCGGUUGCCUGUUUUUCUUCUAAAACGGUGGGAGCUGUGUUGUGGAAACGCUGCAGAAAGAAAACUAGUAUAUGUGACUGUGUUGUUUCGGCAUGGUGACAGGUCCCCAGUCAAAGCCUAUCCUACCGAUCCGUACCAAGAGAGCGCCUGGCCACAAGGUUUUGGACAGCUAUCACAGGUGGGGAUGAAGCAGCACUUUGAGCUGGGACAAUUUCUGAGGAGUCGAUACAAAGGAUUCCUCAACGAAUCCUAUGACAGACACGAGGUAGAUGGACUCUCCUCUUCGCUGUCAGAUCACAUGACGCCUCAGUUGAACGCUCGCAGACAGACGAUGAUUCAUAUUACUAUUUAGGAGAAAGGGCGCCUUGCCAUGUUGGUGUUAUACAGGGUUCCCACUGGUGCUGGAAUUACUGGAAUAUGAUGGAAGUCUGUAGUCUGCGGUGGGAACGCAGACAGCAGUGCUAGGCAACAAGGCAAA